UACCCGCAUCACAGCAGCCAAAUCCUGAGUCAAGGUCACGCUGAAGCACAACGAAGGAGUGAAGGAGCAACUCACCUAACAGCUUACCGUGACAUACUUUACUUUGUGCUUUGAUGUUGAUAUCGGGAAUCGUAGCUGAACCCACAUUCUCGCUAAUUCAAAAGAAAAAGGAAUUUCUGGGUAGAUUACUUUUUAAACAAGCACCGCCACCAGCGGCACCCGUUCCCAGUCCUAGUUUUUACGCUCCACCACCACCACCACCAGUUGCAUACUAUCCCCAACCAGCUCAACCGGUGAACUAUGCUCCGGUAGCUCCACCACCACAGCCCAGCUAUCAACAACCUCUCCCAACCGUUGAAGAAGUUCAUCCGGUACCAGUACAAGACACAGUUUACCUAGCGCCGCAGCCAAUAGCAAAUCCAGUGCCCAGUUAUCAGCCUCCUAUCCAGGAAACAAUAUACGAAGCUCCAGGACCGGCACCUGAAAUAGUCUAUCAGCCUCCUGCACCUUGUGCGUCUGCACCUCAAGCACCGCCGGCCCCUGCUCCAGCUCCUUAUACACCUGUGCUUCAACCGGCUCCGGGUCCAGAACCCUCUGGUUAUGCAGCCGCCCCACCAGCUCAACCCAAUUCUCUGUUUAUUCCUCGCGGGAUCGAAAUUACCAAACGGAUCGUUGGAUACUAAGUAUCUAUUCCUGUCACUGAGUACACCAAAACACUAUAAAAUAGUACUUCCUUUAUUUAAAUAGUUGAUUGAAUAAACGAAUAAAUUAUAUCAGAAAA